CUUGAGGGUUGUCUUGGUGAGAAUCAGUUGGCUAGCGGAACAACGGCAGCAGCAGUGGAUGGUACAGAUUCGGCAUCAGUUACGAGCCUUUAUCCGAGAUUUACCAAUGCAGUUUGUGUUCAUGUAGAGAGUCAGGUUGGUUCGCUGACAUGGAGUGGCAGACGCCAGCUGUUUCAGAGAAGUUCCAAAGCCGUUUUGGCCGCCGGUCAGGAACAUCAGAUAGCGGGGACACUGGGAUUGGCACUUCAGCGUCUGACAGCACGGAAGAUUUUUGCAGUUCCAGCAGCAGCCCCUCUUUCCAGCCCAUCCGCAGUCAGAUCCCCAUCCCCACUGCACAUGUCAUGCCAUCCACAUCCGGUGCUUCGGCCUCUAAGUCCCGCUCAUUUGGCCAGGAAGACGCUCUGUACUCAACUGAGGGUCACAGGUCAUCUUCUGGUUCAAGAACACCAAGUGGCUCCACAUCGAAGUCUUCCUCGCUCUCUAAAUCGGCCUCUUCACCGAACUUGGACGCUCAGCCUGCUGUAGGAGCUGAUCAUGUUGGACCCAAGCCAGAUUGCCUGAGCCGCUACCGCAGCCUCAUCAAUGGGCUGGACCACUCGCUUUUUCCCACAGAUCACACAAGGCUGGAUGAGGGGCAGAGGUUUGAGACCCCUGCUGUGGAACCUACUCUGAAUCAGUCGGCCCUGUUAGGAGGGUUAUGCCCUGAUGUCAGGCUCCGAUUACAGACCACCGGGAUUAGAGAGCUUUCAGACUUUGUGUCUGAGGCUUACAGGGGAGGUAUGGAGCAGAGCUACAAGGUUUUGCCUGAAGCAAGGCCCAGCCUCGCCGGAAUAGCAGAAACCUCUAAUCAGAGGGGUAGUCAGCCAGGUACGGCCGGAUCUGCCGGGACUUUUUCAAACCCGCUCAGUCUGCAGACCCAGGCUCUGCUGAGGGAGCAUACAAGUCCCAAAAGUUACGAUCCACUGCGACAGGACAGAUGUAGUGAACUUUCUAGCUGGCAGCAAAAACAGCAGCUGGAGACUUUACGCCUACAAGUGGAACAGAUGCAGUUGCUGAAUGCUGGAGUAAGUCAGUACCCGUCCCUAUACUCGGCACCACUGCACUCUGAGUCAGGCAAGUGGGACGCUCUGGUGAAAGCCAGCGAGAGUCUGCUGAAGGAGAAAGAGCUGAUCAUUGAGAGACAGAAGCAACACAUGGCCCAGCUGGAACAGCGUCUGAGGGAAAGUGAACUACAAGUUCAUGGAGCCUUGCUGGGCCGAGGGGCUUCUUACAGCGAUAUGUUUAUGAUGCGUCUUCAGGAGGCUCAGAGGGAAAAUGCGUUCCUUAGAGCUCAGUUUGCUGAGCGCACAGACUGCGCCGCGCUGGAGAAAGCAGAGGCAGAACGCCGACUCGGUGCAGUCGAGGCCGAGACGCGCAGGUUGACUGAGAGUCUAAAGGAAGCCUGCGAGAGGCAUGCAGAGGAAAUGAAGAAACAGGAAGAGAGGAUCCGCAGUCGAGACAAACACAUUAACAACCUAAAGAAGAAGUGUCAAAAAGAGGCUGAACUAAAGAGGGAGAACCAGCAGCGGAUUGAAACUCUGGAGCGCUACCUAGCUGACCUGCCGACCUUAGAGGACUAUCAGAGUCAGAAUAAACAGCUUUUAGAGGCCGAGCAGCUGACAGCUCAGCUGCAAGAAAAAGUAAGAGAGCUGGAAGCCACCCUAGAGAAGACGCACUCAGAACUAAAGGAAAAAGAUACUCGGCUGGAGGAGCAGAAACGCAGGGAGAGAGACCUGCUGACAACCAUUACUGACAUGCAGCAGCGUGUGCAGCAGGGCCUUGAGGACGGAGCCAGACUCCCGUGUCUGGAUAUUGAGAAGCUUAGAGGAGAGAACAACACUUUAAGAGAGGAGCAGCAGAGACUCAAAAAGGUCAUUGAGAAGCAACAUCGAAUGAUGGAACAGCUUGGCUCUCAAAUACAGGCUUUGGAGGAGCAGAUCUCUCAGGAAGAAAGCAGCUCUCAAGCUCUUAGAGAGGAGGCGCUGACCAAAGAUCAGAAUGUCUUAGAGCUCCACACAGCCAUGAAGGAGCUGUCAGCCCAGAACCAGGAACUUAUUGAGCAGAAUCUGACGCUGCAGGAGCAGAUGAGUGAUCCAGAACAGAUGAUCUCUAACCAGGCCUCCUCCGGCCUCCAGCCAGCAGGAGCCCAUCUCACACAAAGGCUGCACUCAGAGAUCGCCUCUUGUCUCAGCGACCUGCGGUCUCUGUGCAGCAUUCUGACCCAGCGGGCCCGGGGACAGGACCCCAACCUCUCUCUGCUGCUUGGUCUCACUUCACCUCCAGCAGUUUCAGAGCAGGAUGAGGACUGGAUGGAACCAGACGUGUUGCAGAAGAAGCUGGUGGAAGCUCAACAGCUGCGCCGGGAUGUUGAGGAACUGCGUAAUGUAAUUCUGGAUCGCUACGCACAGGACAUGGGGGAAAACUGCAUAACUCAAUAACAGUGACUUCCCACUGAUGGAGGAAUCUUCACCUCUGGCGUCUCACAGGCUUUCUAGCCUGGUUACUGAAUGUUUGAAUAAAGCCUGUGUUUUAAUUUCUUAAAAUAAGGACAAACAAAAUGUUUUAACUUUAGCUUAUCUCACCUGACGGAACAUUGAGUCCCAAGCCUAGCUGUAGCUCCAAUCCCUCUGAUCAACACAGUUAGUUUGUCUAUUUCAGUCCAAGGGCUAACAGGAAAUAACUUACCUCUACUACUUGAUCCUUUAAGCAUUGUGUGUGUGUGUGUGUGUGUGUGUGUGUGUGUGUGUGUGUGUUUGAGGUUGACAUUGUAUUAUCAUUUACCAAACAGUCUUAUUCUUUGUUCUACUCAAGUAGGUAGCACUUUGUUUAGAAGUCCCACCUCUAUAAUUUAUUUAAAUCUUUUAUUUUCCUGUUUAGGGGAAUGAUUUUUCUAGUGGUUGACAAUCAACUGGACAUGUUUUAACUUGUGCUUUUAACUGAAUUUACAAAGAAAUGUUACCAAUACAUCAUUAUUUCUAAUGGUGAGCACUGUAAUAAUAGACAGUGCUGUGACGUAGGGGGCAUAACAACUUAAAGGGUUUCAAACCAAAUCAGCUUCUCACACCAACAGGCCUACAACAGUUUUCUAACCAAAGAGACUCUGGAAGCGUGUGAAUGUUGGUGAACUCGCCUCUCCGCUCGUUCUGACUGAACACCAGCGUGUGCCUUUUUCCUAACAAUGCUAACUCGCUUCAGACCAACCGGAAGGGUUGUUUGCAGCUGAAGUUUUCCAAUAUGACCUUUCUCUCAGAGUACCAACCAGUAGGAUAAUCAAUACAUUCCCUGACUCUGACUGUAGAAAACUGGGACGUGUUACAGCAACUGAAGACGCCCCGACUUUUUUUCUUGAUUCAUGAUUGAUGAUUUGGUGUAAAAACUGUUAGUCUGGGCAAGCUUUGUAGAAUUUGCUCUAUUUCAUGUUGAUAAUGGCUGACUUGCAUUUGACAAAGUAGUUGACUGAUAAAUGACAAAGAAACAGUAUUAAUCCUCUGUUUUAUUUAUUGUUUUGAUAACUUUGUGUGAACAAUUUCUGGGUCUACCUGACUUGGUUCACGUAAUAACGUGGUAAUAUGUUCGGAAGAACUUGUGAAGGUCCCAUGGAGUGUCAUGUUGUUCUGGUCAAUUGUAACAGCAUGUUGAGACGGGAGCAGGUUCUCCUACAAGUUUUUUUGUUUUCCUUGUGUGGUGAUCAUCAGAAGGGAUAGCCGGAUCGCCCCGAAGUCACGAUAAGUUUAGGGUAAGCCAUUUAGGAAAAACUCGACACUUUACAGGAGGCAAAAAGGGAUUUUGAAAAUAAAAAUAUGCAAACUACAAAAGAUUUCAACCAGGGACACUCAAGCCAUACUUCAUUUCAUGGGACCUUAAAACUUCACUAGCACAUGGUUUCGCUUUGAAACGUCAGGCUCUGCAUGCCUUAACAUCUCAAAUGUUUUGCAAAAAGGAAAAAGACGUUUAUAUUUUCAUACUGUUGUUUAUGUUUGUAAUUGAAUAUUGUAGAAAUAAAGAUUUUGGACAUUGUUUUUCAUGGAA